CAACCGUCCAGAUGAAACCGCUUCGUUUUCAAAACUCGAGCGAAAAAGCCCAAACCACGAAACUGUCUUUCCCCAUACUUCACUGCUUCGCCUGCAAUCAUCACUUGCUAUGCAGACGCUACUCCUGCCGGCCGUUCGCUCUGCCGCGGCGGCAGCAACGACGGCUGUGACAGUAGGUCCAGCGCUUCCUCUCCUCCAACGCUACCGCCCAACGGAUUACCGACCACUCUAUCUCUCAAAUUAUCCGCGCACAUUCACGCAAUUAGUCUCAUUCCCUUGCGCUUCAUUGUCUUAUGAUCCUCUUAAAAGCCCAGACUCGAACCUCUCCUUCACCAAAACGAACGCUUCUUCUCCGGUUUCUCCCCCUUUUAAUCCGUCAAACGACGAGGCUGAGAGGGCGAAGCUCGCUCAGGUUGCGAAGAAAUUGGAGAGUGCCUCGAAGUAUUUCAAGCGGCUGGGUAGUUUAGGGUUUUGGGGGCAACUAAUAUGCACAGUGGUAGCAGCAGUGAUUCUUUCGUUUUCUGUUGUAAUCACUGGGAAGAUCUCGUCCCCUGCUACUUUUUAUGCUACUGCUGGGGGGAUCGCAGCUGCAUUCAUUUCCGUGUUUUGGUCAUUUGGGUAUAUCAGGCUUUCUGAUAAGCUCCGGAAAACUGCUAAUGACCCUUCCAAGGCGCCUCCUAGAGUUGAUGUUGUGAAAAGCUUGAAAAAUGGCAUAGUAGUGAAUCUGUUAGGAAUGGGUGCUGCUAUUCUUGGCAUGCUAGCAACGGUGGGAUUGCUGGUUGCGAAGGCUCUAACUUCCACUGCAAAUCCUUAUUACCAGGGAAUCUCUCCUGGUUACAGUCCAGUUCUUGCAUUGGAUGUAUUCUUGGUGCAGGCAUCAGCAAACACCAUCCUUUCUCAUUUUCUUGGGCUUGUUUUCUCCUUGGAGCUGUUGCGCUCCGUGACAUUGCCAGCUGCAGAAAGCAUACCAGUCCCAAGAGUAGCAUAAAGUCUCUUGCUUGUACUAAAUGUCAAUUGAAAUACAUGAUUUUGUAGCCAAAAUGUUGAAACUUAAGCACAAGUUUGUGAUAAAUUCAGAAAAGUGUGCAUUUCUUGUUUUAAGGUGUUGUAAAGCAGAAGCAUCACCCUUGAAAUUUAAUUGAUUUCCAAUAUUUGAGUUGGUUUCCUGGUGGAUAAA